CAAACGGUGGGACCCACCGCGCGCCUGCCAUCGCCCCUUUAAGAGCGGCGCCCGAGGGCGGCGGGCGGGGGCGCGCGCGGCAGAAGGAGGGGGCGCGCACUUCCCGGAACAGCCCGCGCUGAGGGAAGAGAGAAAAAAAAUAAAACCCGCGGCCGGAGCCGAAGCUGGAGCCGCCGCGGCCGCCGCCGCGGCCGUCUGGAGCUCCCCCGCGCGGACGAUGCCCGCGGUGCCCGCCCGGGGCUCGGGGCGGUGAGGCCCGGGGCCGGGGGUAGCUAUGGCGACGGUGAGCGCGGCCCGCGGCGCCGCCUGACAGGUGUGGAUCCCGGCGGCGGCGGCGGCGUGGAGCAGCAUGUACGCCAAGGGGGGCAAGGGCUCGGUCGUGCCCUCGGACAGCCAGGCCCGCGAGAAGUUGGCGCUGUAUGUGUAUGAGUACCUGCUGCACGUCGGCGCCCAGAAGUCAGCCCAGACUUUUCUGUCCGAGAUCCGAUGGGAGAAGAACAUCACGCUGGGGGAGCCCCCCGGGUUCCUGCACUCCUGGUGGUGCGUGUUCUGGGACCUGUACUGUGCAGCACCUGACCGCAGAGAGGCUUGUGAGCACUCCAGUGAGGCCAAGGCCUUCCAGGACUACGUGAGUCCCCACCCUGGCGGGGACCGGGACUGGAGGAGCACCGGGGCAGCACCCAGCCCUGUGAUGGGGAGCAUGGCCCCCAGCGAUUCCAUGGCUGCAGGGCCAAUGGCGGCCGGCUUCUUCCAGCCCUUCAUGUCACCACGGUUCCCAGGGGGCCCACGGCCCACCCUGCGGAUGCCAAGUCAGCCUCCUGUGGGCCUCCCCGGCUCCCAGCCCCUCCUCCCGGGUGCCAUGGACCCCUCCCUGCGUGCUCAGGGGCAUCUGAGCAUGGGAGGCCCCACGCAGAGGGUGACGCCCCCUAGGGGCAUGGCCAGCAUAGGGCCCCAGGUAAGGGCUGGGCCCCGGUGGAGGGUGUGGCUUGAAGGGCUGUCCCCCCUCCCCCUCACAGCCCCUUUGCCUUCACAGAGCUACGGAGGGGGCAUGCGGCCCCUACCGAACUCCCUUGCGGGUCCAGGCCUGCCUGCCAUGAACAUAGGCCCUGGAGUGCGCGGCCCGUGGGCCAGCCCCAGUGGCAACUCGAUCCCCUACUCCUCCUCAUCCCCGGGCAGCUACACGGGACCCCCAGGAGGAGGUGGCCCCCCUGGAACACCCAUCAUGCCUAGCCCUGGAGACUCCACCAACUCCAGCGAGAACAUGUACACCACCAUGAACCCCAUCGGGCCAGGCGCCGGCAGGGCUAACUUUCCGCUUGGCCCCGGCGCGGAGGGCCCGAUGGCUGCCAUGAGCGCGAUGGAACCGCACCACGUGAACGGAUCCCUGGGCUCGGGCGACUUGGACGGGUUGCCGAAGAGCUCCCCCGGCGCCGUGGCCGGCCUGAGCAACGCCCCGGGCACCCCGCGGGACGACGGCGAGAUGGCGGCCGCCGGAACCUUCCUGCACCCGUUCCCGAGCGAAAGCGCAGGUCAUAGAAACUGGAACCUUCUCCCUUGAAGACCCUCAUUCCAGAAGGGCUCUACCCAUACCCUGGAGGAAGGAAUGCUACUGGGGGAGCCAAGAAGUCUGAGCAGACAGGCCGUGCUGGGUCCCACCCCAGCCGCAGUGUGUUUCCGGGAGACUGUACCCUUUUGUCCAAUCACAUGUCUGCACAUUCUUCAUCGAACUGGAGCAGAAAGUUUUCCCUGGGUCUUCCUUCCUGAAGCCUCCUGUCCCGAAAAACUUGGAUUAAAUAAAUUUGUUACACUUUU